AUGUCCCUGAACCAGAUGCAGCUCAAGCAGGAGCUCUCCCUGCCCCCGGGGCUGGGCAAAACCCUCCCUGGGCAGAGCCAGGAGCCGGCGCCCUGCCCGCAGCAGCAGGAUGAAGCUCCCCUCUCAACACCUUGCCCAGAACCAGUGCCAGUGCUAGUGGUGUGCCCAGAGAAAGCAGAGCCAGAGCCAGCAGCAGCCCUGGAAGCAGGCAAUGGAGAAGUGCCUGUGGUCCUCGUGCCCCAGUGCCCACCCCAGGAGCAGCAGCAGCAGCAGCAGCAGUGCAAGCUUCCACCAAACCUCUCACCUGUUGCAUGCCCUGAAGAGAAGAAGCCAGAGUGCAAAGAGCUGCCUGAGAAGCAGGAAUGCAAGGAGCCCCCCGUGCCCACCCCACAGGAGAAGCAAGAGGGCAAGGAGAGCCCUGUGCCAGUCCCUGUUCAGUGCCCUGAGCCUGCUCCAUGUGCCCAAGAGAAGCAGCAGUGCCAGGAGGUGCCAGUGCCAGCCCCUGAGCCUGCUCCAUGCCCUCAGCAGAAGCAGGAGUGCAAGGAGGUGCCAGUGCCAGUGCCAGUGCCAGCCCCUGAGCCUGCUCCAUGCCCUCAGCAGAAGCAGGAGUGCAAGGAGGUGCCAGUGCCAGCCCCUGAGCCUGCUCCAUGCCCUCAGCAGAAGCAGGAGUGCCAGGAGGUGCCAGAGCCAGUCCCUGUUCAGUGCCCUGAGCCUGCUCCAUGUGCCCAAGAGAAGCAGGAGUGCCAGGAGGUGCCAGUGCCAGAGAGGUGCCCCCCCGUGGAGCAGCAGCAGGUGAAGCAGCUCAGCCAGUGGCCACCCGUGCAGAAGUAG